AUCAUCUUCAAUUCUUCACCGUUCUUAUAACUUUUAGGUUUAGCUUCUUCUCCGGGGGCCGGAGGGGAGAGGAACAGACCUUUCGUUCUUGUUUUACCGAUUUACAUCAAGAAAGCUUAAGACUUUGAUUGGCUCCGACGAUGUUUUGACAGGAUUUUGUCUGAAUCUCUCGGGUCUGCUUUUGUGAGGUUUUGCUCUGUGGGUUGAAGUAGAAGAACGAAGAGAUAUGGGUUGUGUUGGAUCGUCACAGUCGAACGGAGACGUGUCUCAAAAUUUGAUUGUGAUGGAGUCUUCAGCUCUUCAGGACGUAUUUGAUUACCUCGCAUAUAUGUGGGCAGUGAAGACGAUAAAAAAGCCGAAACCAUGGAAGCAUCCUCAACCGAUAACCAAAACUCGGCUCCUGCAACUGAGAGAAGAGUUUUGGGACACUGCUCCUCACUAUGGCGGCAGAAAAGAAAUAUGGGAUGCCCUUCGCGCAGCUGCUGAAGCGGAACUACCUCUUGCUCAAGCGAUCGUGGAAAGUGCAGGAGUCAUUGUUCAGAACCCUGACCUGACAGUCUGCUAUGAUGAGAGAGGUGCUAAGUAUGAGUUGCCCAAGUAUGUUCUAAGCGAACCUACCAACUUGGUCCAAGACAGUUGAUUGAUGGAUGAGAUCACAAUAUGUAAAUCUUGUACAUCCAUAUUCUUGUUUCUCUCUUUGUAUCUAUGGUCUCUCAAAGAUUGCCUAGGCGUGUGCACAUCUCUCUUGAUAUGUAUCUAGGCAAAAGACUUUCAAUCCAUCCUGUAAGAUUGUCCGAAACAAAUGUCAGAAGCAAACACCCUUCUGACUUCUGAGACUGUCUUGAUUUUCCAGUUCUUUA